AAAAUUUUAGUUGUCUCCGAGAUCUCAUUGUGCCUAGAAUAGAGUAUGUUCUUACAUAAAUGUUAAGUUAUAAAAUGUGGAAAUAUUCAAUCCUUGCGCCAUUGAUUUUUAUUUGUGCAAUAAACGCAUUGGCGUUGCAGCAAAUUAACAUCGGUGCAUUAUUCUACGAAAAUGAAUAUGACCUGGAGCGAACUUUUAUUGCAACUGUGGAUAGUAUUAACAAUGAGAAGAAAGACAACUUUAAAAUGUUGCCACUAAUAAGACGCUUAAGUGAAACAGACGGGAGCAUGCUACUACAACGCGAAGCUUGCAAUCUAAUCGACAACGGAGUGGUUGCUAUUUUCGGACCAAGUUCAAAAGCAGACAGCGACAUCAUUUCGCUCAUAUGCAACAAUACCGGCAUACCGCACAUCCAAUUCGAUUCUAGCAAUGAGGAGAUUUCCAAGGGAAAAUUUAAUCAUCAGAUGACGUUGAAUGUGUACCCGACGCAACUAAUGCUCUCUAAAGCCUACGCAGAUAUCGUACAAACGUUCGGUUGGAGAAAAUUUACAAUUGUGUACGACGGAGAUGAUAGACGAGCUCCAGCACGACUCCAAGAUCUAUUGCAACUUCGCGAUAUUCACAACGAUGUACUGCGUGUUCGAAUAUUCAAACGCGGAGAUGAUCAUCGAGUCAUGUGGAAAAGUAUUAAAGGUGAACGACGUAUUUUAUUGGACUGUCAGCCUGAUUUGUUAACUACUUUGUUAAAUUCUUCUAUUGAAUUCGGACUGACCGGACAAUUCAACCACUUGUUCCUUACCAAUUUGGAGACGCAUACCGCAAGUUUGGAAGAGUUACGGGAUAACGUUACAUUCUCUGCUAACAUCACAGCGGCCCGUUUGAGGCUAAAUGGAAAUUUGUAUAACACUAAUGCAUGGCAACGAGCUUCUCAGUACGGUAUCGAUUCUUUCUCCGCCCAGAGAGUUCGGCCACUCCUUCAAGAUUUGCUAUUUGACGCUGUAAACGUCUUCGCGAAUGCGAUACGAAAUGUAAGCUAUAGCUACCAGAUACGGACACCUCGCGUGCAUUGCGACUUCAGCGAGUAUGGCGGCGUACAAUCAUGGGCUAUGGGGCGCUAUAUCUAUCGCGUGAUGCGAGCGGUAAUUUGUUUUCGCCUAUCAACACUUCACUUCCUUUUUUACACACAUAGUUACAGUUGCCACUUUCGGUACUAUGGUACCCAAAUUGGUACUUGUUUUCGUCAGCGGUACAUUGGUGCCGUUUUCAGUAAAAUAGUAAUUUAUUAGUCCUUUAAAUAA